AUGUUAUUUCAAAAUCUUUGGUUUGAAAACUUGGAUAUGUCUCAACCAACUAGAAGUGUAUGGGGAGCAGUUUUAAGGAACUUCAUCAACUCCUUCAAACCGAGACAGAUCAGGGGGAAUCUGAUAGGUAAGGAUUAUUUUGGAAAUAAAUACUUUGAAAUACCGCCGAACCCGUCGAUCGGGAAAAGGAAGGCGAGCCGAUGGUUCGAACCGCCCGUGAAAGACGAUUUCAUGCAAGAAAUGCCGGCCGAAUGGGAGGCUUGGCUCCGAGGUAGAAGGAAGGAGGCCCCUAGCGACGAGGAAGUUAACAGAAAUUUCGCUUUGAUGGAAUCCAAAAAGAAAAACGCCAUUGAAGUGGACGCAAAAGGUGGCAAAAUGACGCCUUUGGCGAAAGGUUUUGAAACGUUCCCCAGGAGGCCUGACUAUGAAUCUAUACCAGGCAAAAAACCCUGA